AUGCCACCUUAUUUUUCUUGGAUCGAAGAUCAUAUUCUCGCUGCAAGCGCUCAACCAUUUCAUCAUCCUCAUAUGCAAUAUCUUCGCUCACAUGGAAUUCAUCUAAUAGUCAAUAUUGAUACUGAUAUUCUACCGAAUAGCAGUUUAUUCAAGCAUGUGUGUUUCUCAAUAGCUGAACUUUGUUAUCCAACAUUUGAACAGAUUAUUGAUUUUAUUAAUCUUGUGUUAGCAGCACGAGAUCAUGACGAACCAGUUCUCAUUCAAUCGAUAAGAGGUCAAGGUACUUUAGCUAUUUUUAUUGCUUGCUAUUUAGCUGUUCGAUGGACUUGUUCAGCUGAAGUUACUAUUAAUUCAUUGAUUAAAAUGCGUCCAGCAUCAUUUGAUAAUGAUAUUCAAAAAGCUAAUGUCAAACAUUUCGUUACCUAUUGGGAUAAAUGUCAUUCACAAUUGAACAUUUAA